UCCCCUGCGGAGUAUGGCCGGGUUUGUUACGGCGAUUUUCCCUCCCUCUAACCAAUUGUGAGCGACCUUGGAGGAGUGAAGACGCUCGACGAGCGAUUCAACAACAAGUGUGCGUGCAACUGUCAGAUUGCAACAGUUUUUGCUGGUAAAAAAUCAAAAGAUUCAGAGCCAUGAUUAAACUCCGGAUUGGAAUAGUAGGAUUUGGACACCUGGGUCAGUAUCUCUACUCUCUGCUGGAGUCGCAUCCGCAGUUCGAAAUUGCUUUUGUGUGGAAUCGAUCCAAGAAUGUUUUGAUUGACCGUCACGUGGCGCCAUCUCUCAUCUUGGACAAAUUGGAAAACAUUUUCGAAUUAGAAGUCGAUUUGAUUGUCGAAGUGGCUCACCCGUCCAUAACCAAGAAGUAUGGCCAACUUUUCCUGGAACACGGAGCAUAUUUCAUCGGAAGCCCGACCGCCUUGGCGGACCAGGAAACGUACGAUUUACUGCAAAAGGCCACUAACACACAAAACCGGGCUGUCUACGUGCCCAGCGGCGCCCUCUGGGGUGGGGAGGACAUAAGAAGAAUGGCACUUCAAGGAAGUCUGAAGGGUCUGACGAUCACAAUGGCGAAACACCCGUCAUCGUUCAAGUUGACUGAUUCUGAAGGUGACAUAACGGCUAUUACAGAACCUAAAGUCGUGUACGAAGGCUCCGUCCGUCAAUUAUGCCCGCUGGCGCCCAACAACGUAAAUACCAUGGCGGCGGCAGCUGUGGCUGCGAGUAAUCUAGGUUUCGACAUGGUCUACGGAAGGAUUAUAGCCGAUCCAAGCUUAUUGGACUGGCACGUCAUUGAAGUGGAGGUCACCGGACCGUCCCAAAGUGACGGGAGGACUUUCACCACCAAGACGAUUCGCAAGAACCCAGCCGAUCCCGGCGCUGUCACCGGUACGGCCACGUUUGGAUCCUUCUUCUCGUCCCUUCUGAACGCGGCACGUCGUCAUGGCUACCAUCCAGAAACAGGAUUCAUCCUCUGUUGAAGGGCGUAAAGAAAAACUCCAUGCUAAACACAUACCUGCUACAUUGCAAAUCCACACAACAUUCCAGCGCUUUUGUCUGCUAUCUUAAUUUCGAAAAACUUACGCUGUAAGAUACACCACUGAGCGUUCGUGGGUGAUGGAUUAAGGUGGAUGUUCGAUAUUAUUUUCUUGAAAAUUUUUUCUUUCUUGUAUGGUUGUUUUUCUCUACACAUAAAAAUUGUUACAACGA